AUGUGGGUCUCCUUGAGAUCCUCAACGGGAAUCAGGGUGGAUGGACUACCUAUCAAACUCGUGAAUUACUUCUGUUAUUUGGGCAGUAUGGUGAAUAACGAUGGCAGCUACGAGAGAGAUAUUCAGAAAAGAUGCGCUAAAGCUAACUUGGCAUUCAACUCAUGGACCAAGUGCCUGUGGUCGGAGUCGGCUCCCAUCGCCAACGAAGUCAAGCUACAAGUCUACCUUUCCGCGAUUCGUCCUAUCAUGUAUCGAGUGCGGCAAGAGUAUUCGAAGCCUCUACAACGACUGUUAGGCUAUUCUUGGCCGUUGGUGUGCCAUAACGAAGAACUUUAUUCGGAAGUGGAUAUGGUGUGCCGGCGGAUGACAUGUGAAAAACGUCAACACCUUGGUCGGCCUUCUGAAAUAGUCAUGGAAAACCGUCCCCGCUUCUUUGGUCACGUUAUGAGGAGACCGUCUGGUCGUCUUGUCCAAAUAGUUCUGAGGAUGCUUCUAGAUCUUAAUUGGAAAAGGCUUCCUGGUCGUAAACGAAAGUUCUGA